CGUACAGUGGAAAUCUUUUAUUAUGGAAACAAACAAGCGUCUCUCUCUCUCUGAAUUUUUCCCUUGUCUGCUUUCACCACCACCGCAGUCUCGAUGUUUUCUCUCGCCAUCUCUCCUUUUAUGUGUAUACCCGUCCUCUUGAAACAAAUAAUGACAUGACAUAUCUUAAUAUAUAAUGACACAACUUUUAACAAAAAAUAAAAUACCUAUAAAACACACCAUUUUUCAACAUUGUUUGGGUUUGCUAUUAUUAAUUGUUCUUUUCUUCACCAUUUUAUUUGAUUAAUGAAAAUUAUGCUUUGAGAAGGCAUGAACAUUGGACGAUUUAUAGAUUUUCAAAAAUUUGUUUGAAGAGUCACAUCUUUUGAAUUAAAUGUUGUGUCUUUUUGUAAUACUAAUACUUAUACGAAGAGUCACAACUUUUCAAUAUAAAUAGUCACAUUCUUUCAAUAUAAAUAGUUAUUUUAAAAUAAAAAAGACACAACUUUUAAUAGUUGAAAAGACACAACCUUUCAACAUAAAUGAAAUUCACAACCUUUUGAAUUAUUGAGAUUGCUAUUAUUAGUAGAUAAUCACUAUUUAUGAUUCUCAUCCUUUAUUUCUUAAAAUGAUAUUUCCAUUCUUAGCCAAAAAAAUAGCAUUACAAAGCAUUCUUGUAAUUUUUUUUUCUUUGGCAUCAAAGAAUUCUUGUAACUAAAAGAAUUUUGAUGCACUAAAAGCUUUUACAAACUUUUUUGGAAGUGUUAUCCUUCUGUUCUUUUCUUUUUAAUACUGAUCAAAAUACAUCAUCUAUAAAUGCAUAUACUGAUUAAAUAUUUGUAACAUGUGCAAUAAAGAAGAAAAAUUUCACGAACAAUGCUUUUCUAAUGCAGCUCCCCAUCAUCCUAUUUUGCAUCCUAUAAUAUGUAAGAAGUUAUAUCCUCUGGAAAUCAAAACUUAUAACUGGUAUAAAAACUUUUAAACAUUAACCAUUAAAGCACGAUGUUUCCAAAAAAAGUUAGCUUUCUAGAACAUUGUAAUAAAAAAUUUCGUCAAUAAUAUAAAAUAUACAUAUACAUUUUGGUUUUAUCUAUAAAUUUAUUUUUAUGAUUGGUAUAUACGUAUAGAAACAUGUGUAUACAUAAAGAUAUAUACAUAUACAUAUAUACCAAAGGGUAACUGAAAUGUUUUUAUAUAGAAGAUUGAAUUGACUGGAUGUUAGAAUUAUAGAAACACAUGUGCUCUUUAUCAUUUUAAACCUAAAAAUGCAUUUGUAUUUAAGGUACAUAUUUUAUAUACACCAAGUAAAAGAAUAAGAAAACAUAAAAAAACAUAUAUGUAAAAGAAUUCCAUUAUAUAUACUUUAAAAUAUUUUUUCAUAUAUUUAUAUAAAACUAUACUUCAAAAUAUAUAAAUAUAAACGAGAAAUAUUUUGCUAAACUUACAACGAGAAAAAUUAAUAAAAUAUAAUAGUCUUAAUCUUAUUAAUUUAUAAUAAAAAAAAAGAAUUACUUUGUGUAUAUAGUGUGAAUGCAUGUUGAAGUGGGUUCUACUUAUUUUGUUCAUCCGUUUUCCUUGACAUUUAUUCGCACUAUACAAUUUUGAAUUUAGUAACAAAGAUGUAAAAUACGAAAUUUGUGUUUUGUUGGCAAGCGGGACAAGUUUCCAAAUGACUCAUCUUAAGAACCCCAACGUUUCUCCCUCAGAAAAAAAAAAAGAAAGAAAAAAAUCAUUCACAAGAUCAUAUACACUGAAAAUAGGGAGCAAAAAAUAGAAAUCGGCAAUGGCGUCGAAAGGAAUUGUGGAUGCGUUCAAGGAACUAGCUGUCAUUGUGAAUACGCCUGGUUUGGACGUGCCUGUUAAGAACUUCUCUGAUGCUUGCUCUCGCUUUUUCGUCGUAUUUAAAGUCCUCAAAACAGGAAUGUUUCCAAGGUUUGCAGAGAUAGACUAUGUUACCAAGGUGAACGAUCUUGCCGAGGCGUCAAACUUAACACCGACAUUAGAGCUAAUGGUUGACAGAGAUAUAGAGGCAAACUGCGUAAGGAAAGUUGGUAGUCAUACAAGAAACCUUUUGCGGAUUAAGCGUAGUCUUGAAAUGAUGAGAGUUAUGUGCGAAGUGCUAUUAGACACUGAAUCUGAUCACUCCUUAAGAGAUGCAACAUUCACGGCUUACAAUCAAGUGUUUGCUCCGCACCAUGGCUGGGCUAUUCAGCAGGCUGUUGCUACAGGAAUAGGGUCUCUUCUUCCCAAGACGCUGCUAUCUGGAAUGUUCAAUGAAACUGAGGAAACGUUUAAGAUCCAUGCUCAAAGCUAUGUUACUGCAUCAGCAUCAGUAACCAAUUAUCUUGACAACCUCUUCCUCUCCAAGAACCUUGGUAUUGAUUGGUGAAGAUUCUGUAAUCUUACAUGGCCUAGGCCAAAUUUAUACACCAUGGUAUCCCUUCGUGAUCACUCCUUUAUACUCUAUCUUCUAUAUUUGUCAAUCAAUGUAAGUUACUAUUAUUAAUAACAUUAGACCACUUUCGAUGAAAGUUCUU